GAAAGCAACUCACUUCCGGUGGGAAAAUGUCUCGACAAGGCAACGUGGAAUUUUGGUACAAGACUUUAGAGCAAGGGUUUGCUAAUGGAGACCCUUCUUUUUAUGCGAUACUCGUAGCUCUCUUAGUCGGGAUCAUCACCCUCUUUGUUGUAUUCAUUCGACUUGGGAAGAAGAACAACCGGCGUGGCAUUUUAAUGAUGGGAGCCUGUGAUGGCGGCAAGACACUUAUGUUUAGUAGGCUCACAGCUAACAAAUAUGUGGAGACGUAUACAUCUAUCAAAGAAAACACUGGAAACUAUGAGUUAACAGGAGACAAGACAGGGACACUGCGCAUGAUUGACCUCCCAGGACACGAGAGAUUGCGGUCGCAGUAUUUUGACCAGUACAAGGCCAGUGCCAGGGGGAUCAUGUUUGUGGUGGACAGUGCCUCUCUACAGAAAGAUAUCAAGGAUGUGGCAGAAUGUCUUUACACAAUCCUAACUGAUGGGUUUGUGUCCAGUGCUGCAGUGCCUAUACUGAUAGCAUGUAACAAGCAGGACCUGACGCUGGCCAAAGGAGCCAAAGUGGUACAAAAACAACUGGAGAAAGAAAUGAACACCCUGCGAGUGACGCGGUCUGCAGCUCUAGAAGGUACCUCAGACACCGGCAAUAACAACACUUUCCUUGGGAGGCGGGACAGAGACUUCCAAUUUGCUGAUCUCAAACCUUUCACUGUUGACUUUGUGGAGUGUAGUGCCAGAGGAAGCAACGGGACAGACGGAGAUGGGGAACUGAACCAAGUCAUUGAUUGGCUGCAGAAGAUUGCUUGAUUGACAAGUGGGAGGGGUUGAAAUGAGCCAAGAAAGAUGAUUGGAUAGUAAGAUGCAUAAAGAGUGAGAGGGGAAUGAAUUGGACAAAAUAUAUGAAAGAGAAGCAAAAUGACUAGGGAAUUUAUUAAAGGGCAAUUGGAUAGACUAAUGUUUGAACGACAGAGGAAAGGAUAGGAAAAAGGCAGAUGUAUGAGCCAGUUUGAAUACAAGUGGAGGCUGUUGCAGUUGGAAAGUGCCAAGUUAAUAAAUAAAUAUUGCCUGACAAGUGGUAAGCAAAAUGAUAGAAGUGAACAGAUUUUUACUUGAAGUGAAAGAAUUCAGAAUGUUUCAACAAAAGUAAUGGGUUUGAGGAAACCACAGAAAACCUGAGUACUGUUUCAGUGUAAACAGCAGUCUUUGUAGGAAUUGAUAAAUCUUGUAUCAGUAUGGAUGUGCAAUGGACAUACUAACUAAUGCAGUUUUCCUUGAAACUGAUGACUUGAAUUUUUAUUUGUUUAUCUAUAUACUUAGCACUGUAGACGAUUGAACAUUAAUAGCUAACUAUGGGUAGUAAGAUGGUAGAUAGUUUUAACCAUUUAAUUAGUGUACUAUGAUGUUACCAGCCUUAUCUUACUUCAUUUGUUUAUAGUAAAGCUUCUUAAUUUAUAUUGUACAAGUUAUGGAUGGCUCAACAUUAAAUGUAACUUCUUAGUAAAUAGUGAGUGAAAAAAGUCUUUAUCUAUUAUUAUUUGUUCUUUGACAUACUGACAGGGUCACUGGGAGAGUCUGGUGGAAAAUUCCUUUAAGUGGGG